UGUGAAUUGUUCCUUUCCCGAUAUUAUUGAGUGAUUUUGGUGACAAACAUCUUAAAAAUCUGGUUAUUACUAUUGCCGUCACGUCAAUUUGUGAUUGUGCACGAAAAGUUGUUAUAUAUGCAUAGUGUGGUCUGUAUAACAAUAUGGAAAAAACCGAAGAACAAAUAAAGCGUGAGCUUAUAGCACGCCGAGGCUCAAGAAAAGCGACAUUAACUCGUAUCAAAAAUAAAAUGGAUGCCUCCUAUAUUAAUGAUAAGCAAAUGUUACAAUUGAUGGUCGAGAGGGCCCAGGUGGCAUUUAAUGAAUACGAAGAUCUCAGCCUGCAGAUAGGGGAUGAGGAAGAUCCCGUACCGAUAGAAACUACAUACUAUGAAUGCGUCGCCGCGAUGCGCCAACGUAUUUCAGAUUUGUCUGGACCUGGACCCACCUCUGGCGCUGGCGCUUUACCGGCAGCGUCGCCUCAAGUUGCGUCAAAAGUUAAGUUACCCAAUAUACAAAUACCUACAUUUGCUGGUAAAUAUACAGAUUAUAGACCUUUUAUUGAAAUGUUUACUGCACUUGUGCACAAUAAUGAAGGGUUUGAUUGUAUACAAAAGUUUUUCUACCUGAGAAGCUUCUUAAAAGCUGAAGCAUUUGAUCUAGUCAAAAACUUACCUGUCAUCGGUCAAAGUUAUUCGGAAGCUCUAAAAAUUUUAGCUGACAGGUACGAUAAUAAAUACAAAAUCAUCAAUGAGCACAUUAAUGCUUUGUUUGAGUUGCCAGUGCUAACUAAGUCAAGUCCUAGUGCUUUACGCUCAUUGAUUUCAAUUACAAAACAGCAUUUAGCUGCAUUAAAAAACCUUGACGAGGCCAUUGAAAAAUGGGACAGCAUUCUCAUUUGCCUAUUAAAUAAAAAACUUGACCCGUUGACUAACCGAGAGUAUUUUUUGCAUAGGGAUUCCACAAAACAGCCAACCUUUAACGAUUUUUUGAAAUUUGUAGAAGGUCGGGCCCUUGCCCUAGAGAACAGUGAGGGACGGGGUGACACAGCAAGCUGUGCUGCUAGCAAAGUAGCUCCAGUGAAGGUGACAUCAUCAUCGUUUGUCACUACCAAAGCAUCCCAAGGCUGUCUGUACUGCGUGCCUGUUGUCGCAGCCUGAGGAGCUGCGCGAUCCUGAUGCCGCACCCAGCUUGGUUCACACACAGUUUGGUUACGUAGUAGGAGGUGAUGUUCCAUCUUCUAUUCUAAAACGAUCUGCUGUUACGCUUUUCUGUCAAGAAUGUCAAACCGAUAUACGCGAUACUAUGUCCAAUUUUUGGCAAACAGAAAAGGUACCCGAAAUAUAUGCGGAACAUACAUCUGAACAACAACAGUGCGAAAAAUUGUUUACUGAAACUGUCAUACUUGAAGACAAUCAAUUUACAGUUUCAUUGCCAUUAAAGAUACCUAUCUAUGAUGUGAAUAAUACAUUGGGGGAUUCAUUCGGGCUAGCCCUAAAGAGAUUUUAUAAUCUUGAAAAGAGAUUUCAAAAGGAUCAAAAGUUGUAUGAAGGUUAUAAGGAUUUCAUACAUGAAUAUCUCGACUUAGGUCAUGGGUCAUAUGUUGACAUUUCUUCAUAUGAUCUUACUAAAGAUCCUGUGUACUUUAUGGGACAUUCAGCUGUUUUAAGGCCGGAUGCAGUAAGUACCAAGCUACGGGUAGUCUUAGAUGGAUCUAUGUUAACGAGUAAUAAGAUAUCAUUGAAUAAUAUUUUAAUGAAUGGGCCAAUUGUUCAACAGGAGCUGUUUGAUAUACUGUUGUCAUUUAGAGUGCACAAAUAUUUUAUUGUUUGUGAUAUCAGGCGUAUGUUCCGAAAUAUUUUAGUACAAAAAGAUCAGCGAUCUUUGCAAAACAUUCUCUGGCGAGACACUCCUAAUGAGUCAGUAAAAUGUAUUCAGCUAAAUACAGUUUGCUAUGGAAUGAAGUCAUCAAGUUAUCUUUCAACAAGAUGCUUGAACGAGCUGGCUACGAAAUUCGAGAGGCAAUAUCCUCUAGCCAGUUCGGCAAUACUUAACUCUACAUAUGUAGAUGAUAUCAUUCAUACAGAGGAUAGUUUGACAAAGAUUGUUGACACUCAAACCCAGUUGAUAGAAUUACUUACUAAAGGUAAUUUUACAUUACAUAAAUGGGCGGCUAAUGACCCUACAAUUUUGACAAAUAUUCCAGCAGAGCAGCAGGUUGUUGGGGAGCUGGAACUGAAUAAGGACAUCAAAACUUUAGGUUUAAAGUUAGAUAUCAACUCAGAUUCUUUUAAACUUUCAUGUCCAGUGUCUAAAAAUUUCCCUAACACAAAAAGACAAAUUUUAAGCUACAUAAGCCAGUUCUAUGACCCGUUAGGUCUGGCUGGACCCGUUUUCGUCCAAGCCAAAAUAAUUAUGCAAAAAAAUAGCUCAGGCUUGUU